UUUUCUACGUUAUGGAACCUCCACUUCUCGAUGAAAAUGAACAGAAUCUUUUUGCAAACCCGGCGGCGGAUCCAAGGAAGAUGAGAAGAAUAAUAGCAGAAGAUCCUGAAUGGAGCUUGGCAACAGUUCCUCGGCUUAUUGACAUAUGUGUGAAACACAUCGUGAACAAUUUUGCAGAGAACCCGUUAUUGGAUGAGCUGAAGCCAAAACACAAAGAAAAAGUUCUUGAGGCUUUGGCGACAGAUCUUCCACUCAAGAUCACUGCACCGUUGGUCUCAGACGAGGGUUACUGGAAGAGAUGCUGCAAAUCCAGGUGGUCUGUUUGCGACACUGAUCAGUACGGAGACAGUUGGAAGAGAAUGUUUUUUGAACGAAAUAUGGAAGAUUUGAUCGAGAAUUACGUGCCAGAAUCAACGGAACUUUCUGACAUCACAGAGACUCUAGAGCUGUCGAAAGAUUUUAUAAAGCGUCUAAGAAUUAGGCAACUCUUGCCGCAAAUCAAGGAUGUCAGUUCAGGCUUGCCUCAGGAAGACGAAGUAUCAGAUCAAGGUUCAGACAAUGGAACAGAUGAUUCACUCGACCAUUUCGAUUUUGGACUUAUCAUCAAUAAAUUGCCCAACCUGGCUGAACUUUCUAUAACCUAUGGUGUGCGAAAUUGUGGAAUGAACUUUGAGUGGUCCCUCUUUGAGUUCACACAGAAAGAUUGCUCACUUCUCGCCAAAGCAGUGAAGUCCUGCACACAUCUUCAAAUAUUACGUCUGCAAAGAUGCCAAAUAGAAGAUGAGAAGGCGAGGCUAAUAAUAAGUCACUUAUUAGAUCACCCAGGCCUGAGAGUUCUUGAUUUGUCCCAUAACAGGAUUGGAGACAAAACUGGCAGAGCUGUGGGAAAGCUUCUGUCAGUCAACAAAAUUCUUGAAGAAGUCAAUCUGUGUGAUAACACCAUUCAAGCUGAAGGAGCAUCAGCCAUAGCCUUCUCUCUCAAGAAAAACAGUACAUUACAAACUCUUAAUCUGAAGCUGAAUAGAAUUGGAGACGAGGGAGGCCGCAACAUUUGCCAGGCGCUAAUGAAGACCUCAACCUUGCUUCACAUCGAUCUCUCGAGCAAUGGACUUGGGGAGCACGUGGCAGCAAACUUAGCCGAAGUCCUCAGUCACAACCAAUCUCUUGAGCACAUCAUCAUAUCGUGCAACAAACUGGGUGUAGCUGGUGGCAGAGUACUCCAGGAGGGACUCGAGAAUAACAGGGUCCUCAAAACAUUUGACCUGAGGCUCACCGAAAUAUCACAACAGAGUGAGCAUUCAAUCAUGAACGUCAUUAAGAGCAAUAAGGAGAAGGACAACAACUCUAUUUCUGUAUGAAGGACAAUAAAUAAAGCAAACUAGAGAGAAGCCGAUGACUUUGGCGCCAAUUUGAUUGUAAACAGUAUUUUAUCAGAUGUUAAUUUGUGAAUAAAAUGUGUCCAUCAUGUUCUUACAUUAUUUCUUAGAUACUCUCAUUAUAA